CCUCUUGCAGUUGUGCUUGUUGUACGGUACCGGUGAGCUAAACCACACUGCAAACAUGAUGGGCCGACCAGUUCUUGUGCUUAGUCAGAACAUCAAGAGAGAGUCUGGACGAAAAGUCCAGAUUGGAAACAUCACUGCGGCUAAGACAAUUGCAGAUGUCAUCAGGACAUGUCUGGGACCAAGAGCUAUGAUGAAGAUGCUUCUGGAUCCCAUGGGUGGUAUUGUCAUGACCAACGAUGGCAAUGCAAUUCUGAGAGAGAUCCAAGUCCAGCACCCUGCUGCCAAGUCCAUGAUUGAGAUCAGUCGUACACAGGAUGAGGAGGUUGGAGAUGGAACCACCUCUGUUAUUAUUCUAGCUGGUGAGAUGCUUGCAGUGGCUGAGCAGUUUCUGGAACAGCAGAUGCAUCCUACCGUGGUGAUCAGUGCAUACAGACAGGCUCUUGACGACAUGUUGAACAUACUCCAAGACAUCAGCACCCCAGUUGAUGUAAGUAAUCGGGAUAUGAUGCUGAAGAUAAUAAACUCAGCAAUCAACACCAAAGCUCUUAGCCGCUGGUCCACCCUGGCCUGUAACAUCGCUCUUGAUGCUGUCCGUACUGUUGAGCUGGAGGAGAAUGGACGCAAGGAAAUUGACAUUAAGAAAUAUGCCAAAGUUGAAAAGGUGCCUGGUGGCUUCAUUGAGGACUCAUGUGUGCUAAGGGGUGUUAUGGUAAAUAAGGAUGUAACUCACCCCCGUAUGAGAAGACUCAUCAAGAACCCCAGAAUAGUUUUGCUUGAUUGCUCUCUGGAGUACAAGAAGGGUGAGAGCCAGACGGAUAUUGAGAUCACUCGUGAGGAAGACUUUUCCCGCAUCCUGCAGAUGGAGGAAGAGUACAUUCAGCAGAUCUGCGAGGACGUUAUCCGCCUCAAACCCGACCUGAUCUUUACUGAAAAGGGAAUUUCAGAUCUGGCUCAGCACUAUUUGAUGAAAGCAAACAUCACUGCAAUCCGUCGCGUCAGAAAGACGGACAACAACCGCAUUGCAAGAGCAUGUGGGGCACGCAUUGCCAGCAGAACAGAUGAACUCCGUGAAGAGGAUGUUGGUACAGGAGCUGGCCUGUUUGAAGUGAAGAAGAUCGGUGAUGAGUAUUUCACCUUUGUCACAGAGUGUAAAGACCCCAAAGCCUGUACCAUACUGCUGAGAGGAGCCAGCAAAGAGAUCUUGGCGGAAGUGGAGCGAAACCUUCAGGAUGCCAUGCAGGUAUGUCGCAACGUCCUGUUGGAACCAUAUCUGUUGCCUGGUGGUGGUGCAGUUGAGAUGGCAGUGUCUCACCGGCUGACAGAGCGUUCACGAGCGCUGACCGGUGUUGAACAGUGGCCAUACCGGGCUGUGGCUCAGGCCUUGGAGGUCAUUCCGCGUACACUGAUCCAGAACUGUGGAGCCUCUGCAAUACGCGUGCUCACGGCUCUCAGGGCCAAGCACACCCAGGAGGGCAAUGCUUCGUGGGGAGUCAAUGGAGAGACUGGAACCUUGGCUGAAAUGGAGCAGCUGGGGAUCUGUGAACCUCUGGCAGUUAAAGCCCAGACAUACAAGACUGCAGUGGAGACUGCUGUACUGUUACUGCGCAUUGAUGACAUUGUUUCUGGUCACAAGAAGAAGGGAGAUGACCAGAGGGGUGGUGGCGCACCUAUGGAGGACAAGGAAUAAAGGAACAAGAGAUACAGGCAAAACAAAGGAUGAAGGACGAAGAGUACAGAAUGGACAGUUGAGAGACCACCAAAUCUGAUUGCAAAUAGUGAAUGGAAUGCAUCUAAUGAAGACCAUAUAUAUAUAUAUAUAAACACAAGCAUUUAUGUGUGCAAAACACUGUUCUCAAACAGAAUGCGUUAUCAAAAAAGCCAAUUGCACCAUUGCUUUGUGUUGUAUCGUUAGGCUAAAAGCUCUUCUCCCCUCAUUUAUUUUUUUCCUCUGGCAAAUGAAACAACCCUGGAAUGGAUUAAUGUGUUUGUGCUAGUAUCUCUGUGGUUCACUUUACUGGUAUCAUUACCUUUUUAUUUCUCACUGGUGA